AUGAGUGAAAACGGUGAAGAUGAGAAUAAUCCUCUACUUUUGAAUGGUAAUUUGGAAGAAGAUGUACUUGACGUGGCAGAAGACGAUGAAAAUGAAGUCGUAGAAGUUGACCAAGAACAAGAAGAAGAUGAUAUUUUAGAGGAAGACAUUGGAGAGGAAGAGGCUGUGGAAGUAGAUUUGGGAGAAGAAGUUGAAGCUGAGGAAGAAGCAGAAGGUGAAGAGGAAGAAGAAAUUGAACAUGAUAAUGAAAUCGAAACAGUGACAGAUGAGGAAGGAGAAGAAGCACCAGAACCUGUAGCACCUGUAAGUUGUAAAAGAUUUCUAGAAAAAAUGCAUAAUAUUGAUUAUAGCGUCGUUCAAAUCGUCAACCAAAACGGAAAAAGCGUUCUUCGAGUGAUUCUGGAAAUGAUGAACCAGAAGAUACAAAAAGCAAAGUAUCAUGUCCACUUUCACAUAUGCGAGAGUAUAUUAAAAUUGGAAAUGAUUAUCAAGCUAAUGUUGAUUUAGUAGUGGCUGAAAUCUCUGAAGUUGGAGAAAGAGACGAAUCUGUAAAUCCUCGAGAUGAAUUAAUUUGGACUCUGCCGGAACCGAUGGUCGACAAAUCAUUGCAAAAUUAUAUCAAUGAAUGUUUGGGUCGUUUUCGAAUGCCAAUUGACAGAGCUUUGUAUAUUUUAUAUCAUUGUGAUUAUAAUUUUGAAGAUGCAAUGUUUCAAGUAUCAAAAAGAAAACAACUUCGAGAUGUCUGGAAUGACGAUGAAAAGUUAUUAUUCACCAAUGCAUAUUUUUGUUAUGGCAAAGAUUUUCUUCGAAUUCGUCGAGCAGCGGUAAGAUAAAUAUUCGGAGUUAGAAAACAUCGGAAAAAAUGUGUCAAACCCAAUUUAUUUCUUUUUUUUUCAGUUUCCUCAUCGCUCACAUGCUUCAAUUAUCCAACAUUACUACGACACAAAAAAACAUACAACUUAUAAAGUUUGCGACGAAGUCAAAUUAGAGGAUAACGAUGAAACAGAUGAUGACGUGGAUGAUGCGAUUGAUGAACUUUUUCAUGGAACUUGUGAAAAUUGUGGCGAACGAAGUGCUACACUUCAAUUUACUCCUGCAACAAAUCGCAGAGAAUGCAAAACAUGUAUAAUUUAUUUGCGUUUGAAUCGUGAACCGAGACCAGCGAAUUUGCGCAAUAUAACGGAAGAAUUGAAAAGGACAUGUGUAGAAUGCCCAAAAAGUUAGUUUUUGUCCUCCUAUUUUUUUAGUUUAAAUUUGGAAUAUUUUUUCAGAAAUGAAGAAGCUUCUAACUCGAUACAAUGAAUUGACAUUGCCUGCAACUGGCGAUCCUUUAACUCGAUUGAAAAUUCCAAAAAACGAAGAUCCUUCGGAGCCAAUUGAUGAGGAUGAAAUUAUGGUGAUUGGUGAGUUUUUCUUCACAAAAUUAUUGUGCAACAAUUUGAAAUUCAGACGAAUGUUUGAUUAAAAAACCUGCACCGCCUAUGGAACCCGACACAAUUAAAACAGCAAAUGAUGACCCGAUUGAUUUGAAUACUUGUCGAAUGACACGACAUUUUGAAGAUAAAGAGGCUCAAGAAAUUAUCUCAAAAUUGAGUUCUCGUUAUAAUUUGGCAGUUCCAUGUGUUUGGCGAGAAGAUCGAACUGUUUGUAUGGAAGAUAUUGAGAUUUUGAAUGAGGAAUCGAGAAAAUUAAUGUUUGCAACUACACUUAUGUUCGGAAAAAUCAAUAAAGCUGAAGUGAAUAAUUGGAGAAAUGAGAUGAAUUCAGUUAGAUAUCGAAUGGAUAGAUUGACACAAGAUACAGAUUUAGCACCAUCUGCAGUUGGAAAAAAGAAAACAACUACUUAUUCAUGGACUGAAACCGAACAUAAAGAUACUAUUAAAUGUAAGAAUUUUUAGAAUUUUAACAAUUUUUUCAUAAGUUGUUUUGUAGGUUUUUACUGGUAUGGCGAUGAUUUCGAAACAAUCGCCGAAAUUAUUGGAAGCAAAACCGCCGAUCAGAUAAAAUCCUUUUAUGCUGAUCUUGGAGAAACUGCGAUCGGUGAAAUAACGGAACAUCGAGACAAACUUCGAGAACGCCUGGAUGGAGAACCAGAUGCUUUGCCAAGACAACUUCAAGGAUUGGCCCCAGAAAAAUUGGAGGAAGAAGAGAAAUUUGAUAUUAUGAAUCACAUUGAUCUUUGA